GUAAAAAAAAGAAAAAGAUCACCCGGAAAUGCUGUCAGAGGAGUAUUCUGUUGUUUUGUUCAUCUCGCUGACGCGUACUUCUCUCCUCAUUUCUCUCUCUACAUGGAGCACAAACACACGAGUUGACAGAAACAAGCCAUGGAGCCGAAACUGAGAAAUCUGACAACAAGAGGCCUUGAACAAAGAAACACUCUCCUCAUCUUCAUCUUCCUCACUCUCAUCACAACUCUCCUCGCUUCAUUCCUUCCCCUCAACUCAUCAAACUCUUCUUCUUCACCACUUGAUCAUCCAUUACAAACUCACCCAACAAUCAACAACGCUUGUACCAACACUCUCUACCCUUCACUCUGUUUCACUUCACUCUCCUCUGUUUCCAACCCAAAUAUCACUCUGCACCACAUUCUUGAAAUCACUGUGAACCAAACUCUGAGGCAAGUCAAGAAUGCACGGCUUGUGUUCUUGAUUAGGUUUGUGAGAAACCAAGAUUUGAGUUUGCGAGAACAGAAUGGCGUGCAUGAUUGUUUGGAGAUGUUGGAUCAGACUCUCUAUGAACUUAGACAAGCCACUGAUGAUUUGUAUUCAGUUCCUCGUUCUCAGGCCAGGUCUUAUGGGAAUCUCAAGACUCUUCUGAGUGCUGCAAUGACUAAUGGGAAUACUUGUCUUGAUGGGUUUUUUGAUUUGGGGCUCGAUUCGGAUUAUGAGGGGGGAAUCAGAGAGGAUUUUAAGGAACAGCUUCAGGUUCUGUUGAGUCCUAUUUUGAAGAUGAUAAGUAAUUCUUUGGCCCUGAUCAAGAAUUUGGAAAAUCAGGAAAGCGGAGGAAAUGUUACGAAUAGUUCGGAUAUGUGGAGUAAGGAAAAGAAGGUUCUGGGUGGGAUGACAGAAGCAGAGCUGAUUGAAGUAGCAGCAUCAAGAUUGAGUAGUCCAAAUGUUACAGUUGCAAAAGAUGGUACUGGGAAUUUUACGACGAUCAUGGAGGCGGUUCAUAUGGCACCAAACAAGAGUUCGGAUCCUUAUGUGAUGAAGAUUAAAGCUGGGGUAUACUCGGAGAAUGUGGUGAUUCCAAGGGGGAAACAUAAUGUUAUAAUGGUUGGAGAUGGUGUCAACUUGACAGUGAUCAUGGGGUCAAGAAACUUAGUGGAUGGAUUCUCUACUUUCAAGACUGCAACCUUGAGUGUGAUUGGAAAUAGAUUUUUGGCAAGGGAUCUCACCAUUAUAAAUACAUCAGGCCCAGAGAAGCAUCAGGCAGUUGCACUAAGAGUGACAUCGAAUGCUGCUUUUUAUCAUUGUGAAAUCAUCUCUCACCAGGACACCCUUUAUGCACAUUCUCUGAGACAGUUCUACCUUGAGUGCACAAUCCAAGGAACAAUUGAUUUCAUCUUUGGAAACGCAGCAGCUAUAUUUCAGAGCUGUCAGAUACUAAUCAGAAAACCGAAUCCUGGUCAGGCGAAUAUGGUCACAGCCCAAGGCAGACAGGAUCCAAAUCAGAACACUGGCAUAUCUUUGCAGAACUGCACCAUUAUAGCUGCACGCAAUUUUUCCAUGGCUGAGAGGCAAAACUUCUCGACGUUUUUAGGUAGGCCAUGGCGGAACUACUCCAGGACUGUAAUUAUGAAGAGUUACAUCGGAACUCUUGUACAUAGGGAAGGAUGGUGCAAGUGGAACAGUUACAGUACUCUAGAUACUGUGGACUACAUCGAAUACAAGAAUUUCGGGCCAGGAUCAAAUACAACACAGAGGGUCAAUUGGCCAGGGUACAAAAAUAAUUGCAGUGAUGAUAUUGCUAGACAGUUUUCAGUGGAGGAGUUUCUACGGGAAGAUGAUGACUGGUUAGAGUCCACAGCUUUUCCUUUUUUCAAUGCAUAUACACAGAAUAGAAGUGUAGAACUGGACAUGUAAUUUUGAUUUGUUCAUAUAUAACAUCCCAGUGAUUUCUUAGUUAUCUUUCAAUCAGAUGAAAUGAAGCUCAA